AUGUCGAGCUCCCAUUUAAUCCUUGUGCUUUAUUCUAUUAUUGGGGUCAACGCGGUUAAUUCCUUCUGGCGUCCUCCAGAGAAAACCGAUAAAAUCCUGGAGUACGAUAUGGACCAGACGCUCCAAAUCCUCUGGGAAACUAACUUCAAGAAUUAUUCCCUUGUGCUUCAGCAAGUUGGCACAGUCUCAAGACAGUUCAUUGAGCUCAAUAUGACAGAAAAGAAAUCCUGGAACUGGAUCGUACAAACAGAAAUAGAUUUGACAUAUCCUUUCUAUUUCAAAAUGUUUGAUGUCUAUAAUGGCAUGAACACUUUUACCCACAAUCAUUUCCGAAUUCUACCAAAGAACGACACCACGCCUUUGUCCACUAACCUUUCAACGUCUACUGGGUCUUCGGAUUCAAGCAGCGGUACUGGAACCUCUACACUGGCAGUGGGAUUCGGCAUCGGCGUUGGAGUCGGUUGUGCGUUUUUCAUAGCCCUAGCCGCUAUCAUCUGGUAUUUUCGCCGUCGAAAAGCCGCUGCCGCUGCUACUCCUGAUUUGGAUGCGUCAAACCCACCCCCUGCCUGGUCUCCUCCAAGAAAUACACAAAAUCCCUCCAAGUAA